AUGGCACCAAAGACCUGGCUUGUAACCGGUGCUUCAUCCGGCCUUGGGACCACAAUCGCCGAAAUCGCCCUCAAAGCCGGUCACAAAGUAAUCGCCACAGCUCGCAAUCCAAAAAAGGCAGCAGCACAAAACCCUCAGAUCGAACAGCUCGGCGGCACAUGGAUCCAUCUCGAUGUGACAGAGAGUGAGACAACAACGAAAGUGAUCGACGCGAUAAACCAGGCCGGCGGAACAAUUGAUGUAGUUGUCAAUAAUGCCGGAUACUCGCUGCUAGGCAGUAUUGAAGAUAUGAGCGAAACAGAGAUUUCUACACAAUUCAGCACGAAUGUUUAUGGCCCUGUCCGUGUACUAAAAGGGGCUCUGCCAUUUAUGAGGACGAAAAGAUCAGGGACGGUUGUAAAUAUCAGCAGCUCUGCUGGGUUGGAUGGACUGCCUACGUGCGCAAUGUAUGCCGGGACCAAGUUUGCUCUGGAAGGCAUGUCGGAAAGCCUUUCAAAAGAGCUAGUACCAUUCGGCAUCCGUGUCCUCAUCGUCGAGCCAGGUGCCUUCCGCACCCAGUUCUUGUCUGCCUUCGUUGAGCCAGCUGCCGGAAUGAACAAGGACUAUGCUGGCACGCCAUUGGAGGAUGUUCUUCAUAUGUUUCGAUCGGCCGAUGGAAAUCAGCCAGGGGACCCUUUGAAAGCGGCCCAGAGGAUUGUGGAAGUUGUAUCAGGUAUAGGUAUGGGUGCUGGCAAGGGGAGCUUGCUUCGAUUACCGCUUGGUCCAGACUGCUAUAAACGGUUCCAGGCGAAGAUCGAAACUAUGCAGGAGAAUUUAGUGCAGGUCAAGGAGAUUGCGCACUCGACUAGCUAUGAAUAG